AUGAGUGGACGCCUGAGUGCCCAUGCGGCAUUGAACGUCAACAUAUCCACCUGGCGCAAAAACUGGUGUAUUUAUCCGUCACCAGAUUACAUCGACCUCGCCCUCCCUCUGCCCGAGGACACGAAGACGUACUGGCUGCCCAAGGCUGCUCGAACAGCUUACUUGGAGCAGGACUCUCUUUCUGGGAUCAUCUUCCCGCUCAAGCAGCAGCGAUAA